AAAAAAAUUGUAAAAUCACUGGGAUUUGAGCAGUGAUUGAUAUACAGUAAAAAGUUUUACUGGUUUUUGCACAGUAAUUUUUUUCAGUGGUGCUCCGCGUGCGUAAAUAGGGUCGCCGCGCAUGCGCAUUCGCUUCUUACGUGUCGCGCGGGCAAUUUCCGCCUCGUGUUUUCCUUCGAACUGGUUUUUGCAAGUGGAAGUUGUCGCAGUGUCUUUUGCGCCGCUUUGGAGCUGAAUAUGCAAAGCGCGUAAUAAGAUGUUUAUGUACAGUAAACCACGCCAAAAGAUGAGAUAGGAGGUAACUAUGGUACCGGUACUGUUAUUGUCAGUGUUUGUCGCCGUGAGUGUGUUGUACGUCGUGGUACUUUAUACAGUAAUAUACCGGUACAGAUAUAUGGCUGGAGAUUUGAUAUACCGUAAUUCCGCAUUAUUUGUGUUUGGUAUGGUACGGUACCGGUACGGUGGUCUACGCACUGAGUAAAAUUUCACCUAAUUUAACCCUGGUCAAUACAGCUAAGCAUUUUUUUGGCUGGUGAUCAUUAACUACCGUAUAUCAGCAGGGUCAAAUUCGCAGUUGAAUGUAAUUGCAGGGCUUGAGUUUCGGAGACUGGGUUAGGUUGAUUGGGAGACUGAUGUGCCUUUAUUUAAAACCUCACAAUUCCACUAAAUUGGUACGGUACCGUAUCUAAAAUUCUAAAUACACAGUUAUAAAGUUGGUGAAAAUAUGGAACGUGAUUCCUGGAUUCUGUGAAUGGUUGGACUUGUGGACCGGUACGGUACCGAAUACCGUAGUUAGAACUUAGAUACCAGUACCGGUAAAUACCGAUAGUUACGGUACCGUACUGGUAUAUUACGGUAGCGGUACCAUAUGGAUUUCAACCAAACAUAUUUUCAUGGUCUCUAAUUACUAAAAAGGGAAAGUCUUAUUCAUGUUUUCACUCAAGCCAUUCUCUUCAAUUUUUCAAUUACACUACUUUUUAUUCUCUGAUGAUUUAAUACAGCAAUAAUAGGCUAAAAAUAUGGCAGAUGUAGACCUGUGUUGCAAUGUUUCAAUAUGUGGCUAUGAUGCUGAAGAUUCCACAUUAAUAGUAAAACAUUUGAAAAAUCAUAUUCGAGCUGGUAAAGAAAUUUCUUGUCCAUACCUUGCUUGUUUCAGAAAGUUUAGAAAUCUGAACACGUUUUCUUCCCAUAUUCGAAGAACCCAUCGUUUAUCUAUCCAGCCACGUGAAGAAGUUAUGCAAAUUGACUGUCCCAUUAUUUUUGGAUCCAUACGGACACCCCAAGUAUUCUCAUCACCAUCUCCAUUGAUUCAAAUGGAUCCAAGUGUUGAUUCUUUGGAGACUCUCAGAAGAAAUUGCACAGUGUUCUGUGCAAUGCUGCAGUAUAAACUACUCAUUCCUGGUAUCACUAUCAGCAAAAUUCUUGAGGCACAGCAGAAAAUCAACAGCUGUACACAUGCUUCCAUUGAAUUGGCUAUCAAAAAUGUAUUGCAAGAUGAGGGCAUUGAUCAAUCUGUAAUCAAAAAAGUGCUUGAAUCCGUAAUGCAUGUAAUGAUGAAUACUCCUGUUGGUGAUGGAACUCUGCAAUCAAGUUAUCUCAGAGAACGCUUAUACAAAAACUUACUAUCCUUUGUUGAACCAUUGUCUUACAAUGUAGCUAGAACUUUAUCUCAGCCUGAACCGAAUAAGGAGAGCUAUCAGUAUAUACCUAUUGUUGAUUCAAUCAAAGCCCUUUUCAAAUAUGAAAGCAUUCGCUAUCAAUAUCUUAACCCAAUUGAUCCAGGAAACUACCUUUUGGACAUAAAAGAUGGAGGCGCUUUCAAAAAAAAUUCUUUCUUCAAUCAAGAAGCUGUUCUAAGGCCUCUACAAAUUAUUCUCUAUCAAGACGCGUUCGAAAUAGUUAAUCCUUUAGGAUCCGCGAAGAAAAAACAUAAGAUUCUCGCAACAUACUUCACCUUGGGUAAUAUUCACCCCUAUUGUCGGUCAAAAGUUUCUCCUAUCCAGCUUGUGAUGCUUGUAAAAGAACAUUAUGUCAGCAAUGAAUGUAUUAAAGACAUUUUCAGUCCUCUAUUGGCAGAUUUGAAAAUUAUUGAACAUGAAGGAAUUGACUUGGGGUUUUCUGAAAAAGUUCGAGGGAGUAUUUCUUGCAUAUUAGGUGAUAAUCUCGGUAGUCAUUGGAUAGGAGGAUUUGUUACAAAUUUUGGCACUUCAGAAUAUUUUUGUAGAUAUUGCUCCGUUAAAAGAAGUGAUUUUUCAGAAAACUCAAUUGUCAUCGAGACAUUACGUACAAAGGAAUCGUAUGACCAGAGCGUUAAUCAAAUGCUGCUACAAGUAUCUGGGAAUAUCACUGGAAUAAAAUAUGAUUGCAUAUUUAAUCAAUUGAAUUAUUUUCAUGUUUGUCAGCCAUCCUUACCACCCUGCUUAGCCCAUGAUAUAUUUGAAGGGGUCGCUCAAUUUGACAUGGCAAUAUUCAUACAGUGUCUUAUUUCCAAAGGCUGGUUUACUUUGGACUACUUGAAUAUGCGCAUUUCGACAUUUCAUUAUAACAAGUCAGACAGUACCUCCAAGCCACAAAUAUUGAAACCAAAUUUGGAAAAACUGACUGGAAAUGCUUCACAAAAUCGAGCGUUUUUAAGGCUUUUCCCAUUUUGGGUGGUUGACAAGGUCCAAGACUUUGAUGAUCCAAUUUGGCAAAUGAUCAUCAAUCUUAGAUAUAUUGUUGAGUUGAUUUGUGCACCAAAGGCCUCAAAUGCAAUUAUCAGUGCACUUCAAUGGCUAUUGCCGCUAUAUGUUGCAUCCCGUAAACAGUUAUUUUCUGGUCAUACAGUGCGACCUAAGCACCAUUAUUUGAUGCAUUAUCCGGAAUUGAUCUCACUUUUUGGCCCCUUAAUUCGAUGCUGGACUUUGAGGUUUGAGGGAAAGCACUCCUAUUUUAAAAAUGUAGUCCGGAGAACUGGGAAUUUUGUCAAUGUGUGCAAAACCCUUGCACAUAGUCACCAAAUGAUGCAAGCUUGCAUGCUAGAACAACGAUUCGCAUGUCCCCUAAUUCGGCGACAUUUAGCAAAUCAACAAAUUGUAUAUUCUGAAGCUAUCAUGCACGUAUUUGAUGAGAGGGGUUUUCCCUUUAAUGAUAGCCAGUUUCUGGAUAAAUUUUUUUUAUCAAGGAACUGAAUACAAAAAAAA